AUGAGCCACCAUGCGGCUCUCUCUCGUCAAUGUUGUAUUUCAUUUUUUGUCGCCCUCCUCCCCACCUGCCCCCUCCCAUCCUCGCGCCGGCUCCGGACGGCCCCUAACCGUCCGACGUCCGACGUCCCCCGUCACGGAUACCCUGUGGGAAACGCGUCCAGCAGCCGCUCGCUGUCUCGACCGCCGCCGCUGCCGCGGUCGUCGCUGUCACCCUCCCCGUCGCCUUACUUCGUGCCGACCUCAAAACUCAACCCCCCGCCUCAACAGCGGGUGUUCCGGGAUCGCACGAGUGGCAAUAACGCGACACUAUAUGAGGUUUUGCCGUCAGAGCGCGCGUUCUCGCGCGUCUUGACGGGGCCGUAUUCCUACCGUCCACAUUCACCCUCUCUCCCCACCGUUCGCUCUCGCGACCACUGCUGGCGCCGCGAACGGUCCGUCACCGCCGCCGAUGAUGUGCAUCACGCCGAUGCCGAAACGGCUCACACCGCGUAG